CUCCCCCUCGCUCUCGUCCGCGCCAGAGAUCUCCCCGCCGCUGCUUCUCCCUGCCCCAGAGGGAUCUGGCACCUAAAUGCAUCCUGGGACACGGGUUUCUGAGCAAGCCGCCUCUGCUGAUGGGUUAGUUACAGCUGCUGGGCUAUAAAGGAUGCCUCACGUGUCUGCUGAAGAUGUCGAUCCUUCGGGGGCUGGGGACAGUGAUAACCGCCCCCAGCGCCUGCUGCAGAAUGGCCAGCACCAGGCCCCGGCGGGAGGCCAGCCCCCGCCCCCCCUGACGCUCCUGGACAGGCUCCUGCUGACCCGGGGGCUCUGGCAGUUGCUUGGCCUGGGCCCGGAGCAAGCCACGGAGUUGCUGAGGAUGCAGCCGCCUGGGACAUUCCUGGUGACCGGCGCGGGGAGCGGGGAGCUCAAGGCGCUGUCGGUGCAGAGCAGCGGAGAGGGGCAUGGAGCCAGAGGCGUCUGCUGUUUCAAGAUCCAGGAGGACGGCUCGGCUGUUUGCCUGGAAGGGUCCCAACUGCGUUUCCUGGGCCUACUGGAACUGAUUGCCUUCCUCUCCGUGAGCAGGGACGUGCUGCCCCUCCCGCUGCGGCUCCCAGCUACCUUGCAACGCCUCGGCAGGGCCGAGCUGGACGCCUGCGCGGCCCUGGGCAUGAGGUUCUGGAGUCCUCCCUUUAAGCCGUCGGCCUCAGGCGAGGAGGAGGAAGAGAACAUGGGGUCCAGCCCCGAGCCCCCCAGCUCCCCGGAGAGGAGUGGCCCGGCCUGCUGCAUCCGGGUGACGUCGGAGGACGGGGCACUCUGCAUCAUCAACCCGCUCUUCCUGUCGGAGCACAGCAGCGAGGGCUGGCUCCCCGCCGGGGUGCCGCCCCCAUUCCACCCGCCCGAGAGAGGGGGCACCAUCCGGCUGAGGAACGGGCAGGGGCCCGGCCUGUUGGACAAGCCGCUGGCGCCCGCCGCCACCGAGACGGACCAGCUGGGAGCCCCGGAGCCCGGGAAAGAGGGGGAGCAGGGCAAAGGUGAUGAUGCCCCCCCGGCCUCCGUGAAACGGAAGCUGCUGGUGCGCCGGCCGGCCUGGAACAUGUCCGAGGACUCGUCGUCCCCGCCGCCGGCCGAGCGGCAGGAGGGCCCGGCCUCCCCGCACCGGGUCUCUUGGAUCGAGGGGGCCUCGGACGCCCCCUGGGCGCUGAAGAAGUCCCACUCGGAGUCCUCGCUGCUGGGCCCCCGGGACAGCCUGCUCCUGCCGCCCAUCCCCGAGCUGGACUCGCUGUCGGUCAGCAGUGUGGAAGAGGAGGCCGACGCCCACCCGGCCACGCCCCGCAAGAAGCACCAAUCGGCGGCGCUGCCGGGCCGGGUCCUGCACCGGCUGUCGGCCGUGGGCAGCGCCCUGACCAGCUUCCUCUCGGCCGAGCGCCGGCUGGCCAAGCGGGUCCAGGAGCUGACGCAGGAGCCGGCCUCCUACGUGGGGGGCCUGGUGCAGAACUUCGUGGGGCACGUGCUGCGGGGCGGGGCGGCCCGGCACCCCACCAGCACCGACCUGCUGCAGGAGAUCCGCCAGAUGAUCAGCAGCCUCAAGGGCUACCUGUGUGAGAGCUCGGAGCUGCAGGAUGCCUGGGAGUACGGGGACCUCGAGGAGAUGGACCUGGGCUCCGUGGUGGAGGCGGCCCUGUACAAGUGCGUCCUGAAGCCGCUGCGGGACUGCGUCUACGGGCAGCUCCUGGACUUCCACAGCCGGGACGGGAGCCUGCAGAAGCUGCGCGAUCACCAGCUGACCAUGAGCCACCAGAGCCUGGCGGAGCUGGGGGUGACGGCCAGCGUCCCCGACGCCCCGGCCCUCGAGCGCAUCCAGGCCAAGCUGCUCCAGAUGCACCAGGCCUACUCGCCCAAGAAGAAGGAGGCCCAGCUGCUCAAGGCCUGCAAGCUGAUCUACGAGGCCAUGAACCACGGCACGGGCGGCAAGGAGGUCUACGGGGCGGACGACUUCCUGCCGGUGCUGACCUACGUCCUGGUGAAGUGCGACAUCGUCUCGGUGCAGCUGGACGUGGAGUACAUGAUGGAGCUGCUGGACCCCAGCCAGCUGCAGGGAGAAGGCGGCUACUACCUCACCACCUGGUUCGGGGCUCUUUACCACAUCAGCAACUUCCAGUCAGCCAUGGUAACCCGGCAGAUCAGCAUCGAAGCGCAGGACUCCAUCCACCGGUGGCAGCGCCGGCGCACUAUCCACCACAACCAACACAGCCGGCGCCGCUCCCAGGACAUCUUCUACGUCUCCUUCCAAGAGCCCUUCGCGAACCAGAAGGCCAUCCCCGUCCCCGCCCACAUGACAGCGGCCUCAGUGUGCGUGAUAUGCAGCAAGAAAUAUGGUGUCUCCAACCCGGAGGCCUAUGGUCUCUUCCUGGUGACGGACAGCACCUCCCGCCUCCUGGCGGGGGACAGCCGCCCCCAGCAGAUCCGCUCGGCGUCCCUCAAAUCCCACUGCAGCUCCAGCUGCUUCGUUUACAAGCUGAAGGGAGAGGAGACGGAAGCCCCGUUGGAGGGCGACGGCCCAACUCCUGCUCAGGAACCCAUAUAAGACCGGUAGAGAGACGGUGCAAUCAGAGGCUGCCUGGAUGGGAGCGUCCAGUCCGUGCAUCCAAAGUCCAGCGACCUCGGGACUGAGGCCGGACUCUCCCCAGAGCCUCCCAGGUCCUAAUAUCUCAGGACGCCUGGGGGAAAAAACAAACUCAAACUUCCCAAGGGUUGGAGCACACAGGCGCUGGAGCAGCCAGCGGAAAGCGUAGAAGCCCUAUUGACUUAUAACUGGAGGGGACAAUCCUACCGUGGCUGGGGCGUCCCCAUCGUUGCAGGGCACAGCUCGGGGGAGUAGGUGUCCCAAGCCGGGGCGGCCUUUCCUUCCCUUGGAACUCUCCGAGCCUUGGGGCCGUGUUGGUCAUUUUGGCUCCCAGCUGCAGCCCGGGGCCGGGGCGUGGAUGGCUCGGGACGCUGCGGUCCGGAGCGCAGGAACCGUUCGGCUCUAGCCGGCUGCCUGAGCGGGGGCGGGGUGGUCCUGUGCCAUACAGCUUUGGGAGGCUGCAGCCCAGUGGGAAAGGGUCAGAAGAGCUGCCGCUCUGCGGGCAAACUCAGCCGGGAGGCAGGGGAAAAACAAAUCUAAUAUCCUCUCCGGGGUAGGGCUGGCAUCUAUCGCCCAAAGGGGAGAGGCAGCUUGCCCUGAAUCACCUUCCAUCCCAAGGGCUGCACCAGACUCCCCCCACACACCCCCAUAUCCAGAUGAAUGUAACUAACCAGCCCGUUAGUUCCCCUCACAAUCUGAGGCUGUUCCAAUAACGUGCGGUGAGCUUUACCACUUCUCUCUAGGACCAGGAACCCAGCUCGUGGGAAUCCCAGUUUAAAGGGGAAGUGACCUUAAACUCCUGAACCUUCUGCCUAGUCUGGGGCUAUAUAUUUAUAUGACCUUCCCCCCUGUAAAGGGAGGGCUCUAAAAAGGAC